AUGGCCGCGUCAUCGCAUCGCUGGUCAAUUGCAACCACCCUCAUCCACACCCCCAUCCUGCAUCUUCCUCUGCUACUCUUCCUCUUCAUGCUCCGAUCCUCCUCAGUUUCGUCAGCCGAACCCCCUGUCGGCAAUGAUGCGUCAAAUCCUUCUCACUCAAGCAUAGCCGCUGCCGCCGCUGCCGCUGCAGCUGCAGAUUUAGGAGAUAGUGUAGGCACAGGCCUGGGUUUGGGACUUGAAGCAGCCGCAGGGGUAGUGCCGGAUCAAUUCGUCUCUACGGAUGACCUUACUGCGGCGAACGGAGCGGCAGACGCGGCGACAGGCGCAGCGGGGCCGGAGGGUUUCAAUCCGAAAUUAGCGGGAAUUGAGGAGGAGGAGCGGUUGGUGAAAGAUCUGCUGACGUGGCUGGAGGAUAAAGGCGUGAAAGGGAUUAGAGACGACGACGCGGCAAUUAAGUUAGUCUUCCAAUCCUUCCUCCUUCCCCUUGAAGCGUAUAAAGUAAGCACUCCUUACCUCACCUUGCCUAUCACCCCCCAUCCCCCUUCCCCUCCUCCUCCCCCCACCGCCAGAGCGAACCUCCGCAUGGUGGCGCAUCGCCCCAUCGCGGAGGGCGAGGUGUUUCUCUCGCUGCCUCGCUCGCUCGCUCUCUCCGAGUCUCACGCGCAGGAAGAGGCAAAGCCGUACGAGGGGGAGGUGCACCCGUUCACGGCGCUGGCGGCGUGGGUGUUGAGGGAGCGAGCCAAGGGGCGCGCGUCCCUGUGGGCGCCCUUCGUGCGCCUGUUGCCCGCGCACCUGCCCUUCCCCCACCUCUUCUCCGACCGCCUCCGCACGGAGCUCCAAUCACAAUCUUUGCUCUUAGCUACCGCAGAGCACAGGCGGAUGCUUUCAGAAGAGUACAAAAAGUGCCGGCCAGAUGCCAUAGCGAGUGCAGCAGAGGAGGAGUUCCUGUGGGCGGUGGGCAUGGUCACGUCGCGUAUGUUCACACUCCGUACAAGCAACAGCACUGCCAGCAGUGAUGACUCUGCCAGCGGUGAUGGCAAUGGUGGCAGCAGCAGCAGUGGCGCUAGCAACGCCACUGAAACAGUGCUCUUUCCCUACGCGGACCUCUUUGACACUGACAACGCGCCCGUCGCCAUGUGGCAGGCCAAUGGCACGCACAUCACAUUCACGGCCACGGCCAACAUCUCCCACGGCCAGCACGUGAGUGUGGAGUCCGGGCUGCUGGCAAACGAUGAGGCGCUGCUGACCCGCGGCAUGGCGUUGGUGACCAACUACCGUGACAGCGUGGACAUUUUCGAAUACCCCGAGGUCGCCAUCGACUUCUUCGGCCGACAUUAUUUCAGGACCCACUGGGAGUCGUUCAUGGAGACUGACGUGGAGCAGGUGUUUGUUGACAUGGAAAAGGCGCUCAAGGCCGAGGUGACCAAGGAUCGGUACAAGGGCAUGCCGGACGAGCCAGAGUUCAGGAUUGACACACAGGCGAGCCUAAGAGUUUGGUUCGGCGGGAGGCUCGAUCCGAGGCUGCUGGGAGGUUUGGCAGCCCUCCAUGCGCACGUGAUGAACAAGGAAGUGACCCUUCUUUCCCUCUUUCUCUCCCACAGUCUCUUCAUCUCCCCCUCUCUCUUCCUCUCCCCCUCUCUCUUCCUCUCCCCCUCUCUCUUCCUCUCCCUCUCUCUCUUCCUCACCCCUUCUCUCGUCGUCUACGGGACCCCAAGACCACAUGUGACAACUAUGCCGCCUCUCCCUACAUCUCUCACCCUUCUCUCUUCCCCUGCAUUCACCUCCCUUUCCCUGCCUUCUCUCCCCGCAGCCCCCAACUACGCGCCUCUGGCGGGGCUAGAGGUGGAGUACAGCUGGCUGCAGCACCCCAAGGCAAUGUGUCACGACUACACUGCCGCUCCCUACGUCUCUCACCCAUCUCUCUUACCCUCCCCCAAGUACUCAGAGCUGGUGCGGCCAGCAGUGGAGUACAGCUGGCUGCGCGACCCCAAGUCCACGUGUGACGACACACUGCCUCUCCAUACAUCUCUCACCCUUCUCUCUUCCUCUCAUCCUCUCCUGUACCCCACAGCCCCUGACUAUGCCGCACUGGCGCGGCCAGCAGUGGAGUAUAGCUGGCUCAAGGAACCCAAGACCACGUGCGAUGACUACGCCGCCUCGCUCCCCGACAACCUCGGGGACGCCAUCCCCGCAGCCGGCACGGGCAUUCUCGAGCGCGCGAAACAGAUGCUGAAGGCCAUGGGGACGACACGUGAGGGGGAUUUACAGCGCAUGCUCGUGGUGCAGGCGUGCAAGGUGCAGGUGCUGUACGGGGCCUACCCCGGCGACAAGCCGCUCAUGUGCCCGCCUGAGUUUGUGCGCGAGCUGCCGGAUUGGGAGGCGGCUUUGGCUUACAGGCUUUCAAAGAAGGAAGUGCUGUCACAUGUGAUUGCCCGCCUCACAGCCACGUGCGAGGCUUAG